AUGGAUGAGGAGAUGCAUGAGGAUGAUGCGGCUGUUUCAGGAUGCCGUAAUCUUGAUCAUAUGAUUCAUGAUGUGAAGAUGACGGAGGGAAGAGGUGGAACUCGGGCAAGAGUAGUGUCCUAUAAGGAUAAGCUUCUGAAGCUGAAUGACAACGGUGAUCAGUCGGAUAACGAAGACGACAACUGGAUCUUGCAACAGAAACGGGAGGAUGAGGAAGCUGAUCGUUUGGAAGGCUUGGGUCAGAUUGAGGAGGAGAAUCCUCUAUGCCCGAGACUUCAGAGGAUUUGGAAUCUGGUGAGUUCCUAUGAAGCUAUUGAUUUGGAUAAUGGAUUUCUGUUAUUAAGGUUCCAGGAUGAUGGUGAUUACCGCCAUGUCCUCGAAGAAGGGCCUUGGAUUGUAAAUGACCACUAUGUGGUAGUCCAAAGAUGGAGGCCCUUGUUCGAUCCUUAUGACGACAGUGUCAAAAAACUGGCAGUUUGGGUGAGAAUCCCAGGUCUCCCCAUUGAACUGUAUACCAUUCGCCAUUUAUGGCAAAUUGGUAACAUCUUUGGUCGCACUUUGAAAGUGGACAGGAAUUCCCUGAGGAAGAGUGAGAUUGGUGAGGAUGUCAUUACUGAACGUGCCAGGUUUCCUAGAAUCUGUGUUAAGAUAGACUUGAGGAAGACUUUCUUGCCUAAAUUCUGGAUAGGGAAUAAGGUGUAUCAAGUGGGGUACGAAGGUCUCCAUCUAAUUUGUUUCAAGUGUGGGGUAUACGGCCACAGAAAAGACCAAUGUCCUAUUGACCAGGUCCCUUGUACUCAGCAUUGA